GAGACGUGAAAAUGUUGAUUGGAGAAGUCGCAUGGGCCGGCACAACCGGAGACCCUUAGUCGCGUAUGGUUCCAUUCAUUGAUCCAAUGAACUUCGGCUCUUAGGAUGGCAUCCAGAACACGUGUGGGGGAGAGUCGAGACAGCUUGACAGGGCUUUAUCGUUCAGGCGACUCCUUGCCUUGCAUGGAACAACUUACACGAUGCCCAGUCCCACUAGGGGCGAGGCAUUGGCUGAACUCGCAUGGUCGUGGGUUAUAAAUCUGUCGGGCGUCCACCGCCAGACCUGAGAACACCCUUUGUUUUUCACUGUUGUGGUCGUACCCCCGUGAAUACUCAAACUCCAACAAGAUGUAUGCAUCGCUAGCACUACUUUUGCUCCCAUUUGGAGCUUUAUCAUUGCCGCUUGAAGAUUCUGCCCACACAGUCGAGUCUUCUCUUGGGAGAAGAUGCGGUAGAACUCCUUGCAAAGGCGUUCCUAGCACCGGCACCCCCGAUGCCCUGUGCAAUAACAAAUUCCUGGGGCCUAAGGUCCUUACGGCAGCGGAAGACCCCGAGUGGUCUGAGAUGUUCCACGGAUAUAAUCCUCUUGGGAAUUACUGCCCAAAGGACUUCCUCCUAGAAUUUGCGCCUAGUGGCAAGCAAUACGAUUAUCCCGAGAAAGACGGUGCGCUGUUGGACUCGGUUGGCGUCCCUGUUACGACGGAAUACACCCUUGAGGAAGGAAUGGAGCUUGAUCGGUUCGGAACUCAAUAUGGAGGCUACUUAGCACCAAGGGGAACUCCUUUCGCUUGGAGAUCCAUUCCGCCAAGCAACUUGAACAAGUAUCCCAACAGUCCGGAGUACAACUACUGGGUAUGGAGGGUCGUCACAAGCUUUAACGUCACGGGUGGGCCAAUCGCACCUUACUUUGGGCAACCAGGUUAUGGUUUGCAGUUUUACUACGAGGGUGGCUUGAAACUGUUGGAAGACCACGGAGUCAUCGAGCUUGUUGAUAAGAAGAAGUGCUCAUGUGAAGUACCCCACGACGACUUGAAAUAAAGUCGCUGUUUACGAGGUUUCAGAAUAACAUAACAAUGAUAAAUACUUGAUGCUCUGA